GGAUGGAGGAACGGACACUGUCCGCUUUAGCAUGGACGUCCAGACCUCCAGGGAAGGGCUGCUCGUCAUCUCCGGGAAGAGUGGAGGUAACAUUACUUUGCUGCCUGGUGAUCACUCCGUGUUAAUGCCACAAGCAGCAUCCUCGGGUGCUGUUAUAGUGUACAGUGGGAGAGCUGCAGACUUCCCUGUGGGAAGCUUCCUCAGCCUUCAGCAGCCGCUUGACGCCUUUGUGUACACCGGUCCCAAGGGCACGCCCAGUGAUAAUCUGACUGAGACCCUCAUCCCUGGCAGAGGAGCGUUCCAGCUCAGCCCCAGGUUGGAUGGAGGGGCCGUUACCCUUAGUCGCUGUGGCACUGCUAACUGGAACAGAGACCCUGGUGUUUUUGCUGAGGCUCCCCAAACACCGGGACAGUUGAAUCAGUGCUUGCUGCCAAAGAAUUGCCCUCAUAAUGUUGUGAUUCCAGAGGGCACGGCCGUGCCUCCGCAACCCCCUCACUGGGACCCCUCCAGCCAGCACGACUUCCUGUUGAGCGAGGUGAACGCUGACACGCCAGGUGCCGCAGAGGACUCCGAGUUCAUUGAGAUCUGGCAUCCCUCCGGGAGGCGAAUGUCCCUAGAGGGGGUGUGGCUGCUCCUCUUCAACGGCCACAACAGCAAGCCCUACCGAGAGAUCAGCCUCUCCGGCCACUUCACCAACGCUCAGGGCUACUUCCUCCUGGGCAGCGACAAAGUCAACCCCAGUCCCUCUAUCCGCCUGCCCCCCAACACCGUUCAGAACGGGCCCGAUGCCGUGGCUCUCUACCGCAGCCCCUAUGGGCCCCCAUCCGUGACGGAGGGAGGAAUCCCGACCCGGGGCCUGCUGGACGCCAUUGUGUACCGCCUUCCAGGCUCUGAUAAGGAGGCGCGGGACCUGAGCGACGCCUUGACCCCUGGCCAGAUUCCGCUCCUGGAGGACCCCAUGUUCCUUGCAGGGGACGAGACCCUUAGCCGCUGUAACAGCCUGCAGUCCGCUGACCUGUCUGCUUUUGUGGUGACUUCACCAACCCCUCUGAGGAAGAAUGACUGUCCCAAGCCUCCCACACUGGUUCCUCCACCUGAGGGCGUUGUCAUCAACGAGGUGGGCAGUGCCCACUGGUCCAACGACAGCCGGCAGGAGAGCUUUGUGGAGCUGCUUGGGCCCCCCUUGACUGGGCUGCACAGCCUGGUGCUGGUUGUGUUUGAACAGGGACACAACAAAGCCACACUGGCCCUCCCUCUGACCGGGACGACUGGCGAAGAUGGCUACUAUCUAAUCGGGAAUGUUACUGGAGCCGACCAGGCCCUACCGCUAGGGGUCAGCGGUAUAGCAGUACCAAGCCAAGGAGCUGUGGCGCUGUGCCACGGCACCGUCAGCUCCUGCACAACUGCGACACCAGCGUCCAGCCAAAGCCUGACAGACACUGUGGUGUUCAGUGAGGACUCGCAGCUGCUGAGCACUUUGACGAUCAGCAAGGGCCAACAGGUGAUGCCCACUCUCAGUUCGGUGCAGGGGCCGGCAUCCCUGAGUCGUUGUGCGUGCUGUGAGGUGAAGAGCCCCUGGGCGUGGACCACCUCCUCACAGACCCCCCGGCUCCCCAACCUCUGCCCAAGCUCUGCCUUCUCCAGCAGCAUCGACCUCUGUCUCUGGCCCUCCGCCGGCAACGGGGAGCAGCACCUGCCAAACUGCAGUGGGUGGAAGCAGGAGGGAGGCAGCAGGCAGAGGAUGGAGGUGGCAGUGUACCUGGAGAAGCAGUGUCAUUGCGGGAUCUCAGCUCCCAAUCUACAGGGGGCAAACUUCUCCUGCGCAGCAGGGUGGCUGUGCGUGCGUGGAAAUAUCCAAGCGCUGUCUGACCACCAGAGGGCGCUGAUCGAGCAGACAUCCCGCGCACACUGUUCCCGCUCUCUGGGAGUCCGCUGCUCCAGUACCACUGACUCAUCUGUGGACAGCAGGUCUGGACUGGUCUGGCAGAUUGGUCUGGUGGUGGUGGUGCUGCUGCUGUUGGUGUUGGGUGUAGUCUUGUUCACAUACUUCCGCAGAAAGAGGAACCCAUUGGACUACUUCUCCAUGGAGUUGAGUGAGCAUGCUGAAGGACCUGCGGAAACCUAGUUUUACUCUUGC